AUGUCCGCAACCGCGGCUCGGCCUGACCCUUUUAAACCGGCAAGAAGGGUUGCUGGCCAAAGACAAGAUGUCUGGUCAAUUGUCAACGAAGCUGCCGCCGCGUCUCCGGUCCAGCCCAUUGUGAAUAUGGGCCAAGGUUUCUUUGGAUAUAACCCCCCUAAAUUCGCCAUCGAUGCUGCGAAAGAUGCCCUGGACCGUGUGGAAUGCAACCAGUACUCUCCCACGAAGGGUCGUCCCCGCCUGAAGAAGGCCCUCGCGGAUGCGUACUCUCCGUUCUUCGGCCGAACUAUAAACCCAGACACGGAAGUGUCGAUCACGACGGGGGCAAAUGAAGGAAUGCUGAGUGCGUUCAUGGGCUUUAUCGAACCUGGUGAUGAGGUCAUCAUCUUCGAGCCUUUCUUCGAUCAAUAUAUUAGCAACAUUGAAAUGCCCGGUGGCACUAUUCGAUACGUGCCUCUUCAUCCGCCGAAGGAUGGAGCCACCCGAACAUCCCCUGCUUCUGAAUGGACCAUCGACUUCGAGGAGCUGGAGAACACCAUCAACCCCAAGACCAAGAUGAUCGUCUUGAACUCACCCCACAACCCUGUUGGAAAGGUCUUUUCCCGUGCUGAACUCGAGCGCAUCGGAGAUCUCUGCAUCAAGCAUAACUUGAUCAUCCUCUCUGACGAAGUUUAUGACCGCCUUUUCUACGUCCCAUUUACCAGAAUCGGUACCCUGUCUCCCGAGCUCUACGAGCGCACCCUCACCGUCGGUUCGGCUGGAAAGGCCUUCUAUGCCACGGGCUGGCGUGUUGGGUACCUGAUCGGACCCGAGCACCUGAUCAAGUAUGUUGCUGGCGCGCACACUCGGAUUUGCUACAGCAGCGUAUCCCCGCUUCAAGAAGCUGCCGCCGUCGCUUUUGAGCAGGCCGACAAGGUGGGCUUUUGGGAUGAGAGCCGAACUGAGAUGAAGAACAAGAUGGAGCGUUUCUGCCAGGUGUUUGACGAGCUGAAGAUCCCCUACUCUGAUCCCGAAGGUGGCUACUUUGUUCUGGCGAAUAUGUCGUCGGUCAAGCUUCCUGAGAACUAUCCCUUCCCACCCCACGUUGCAAACCGUCCUCGCGACUUCAAGCUCUGCUGGUUUCUCAUCCACGAGGUCGGCGUUGCCGCAAUCCCCCCCACCGAAUUUUAUACCGAUGCGAACGCCCACAUCGCCGAGGAUUACCUUCGAUUUGCCGUCUGCAAGAAUGACGACGUGUUGGAAACCGCGAAAGAGAGGCUACGGGGCUUGAAGAAAUACAUCGUGCAGUAA